AUGAAAAACUCGGAAGAACCACCACACCCCCGUUGCCAAUUUAGCGGGGAGGCAUGCUCCACGGAGUCGCCUCACUAUCGCAAAGUCAUAUCUCAUAUCUUCGGGAGAAAUAAGCGCUGCACAAUCGGUGUCCCAAACUUCGUUUGGAUCUAUUAUUGCCGGAAGCAUUACCAACGUGCGCGGUAUCGAACUGGGGAAUGGCCUUUCAGACAGUGCGACCUCGCCAUCGAUACGAUCAAGAACAUGCGUGCCUGGGGUGGAGUAGAGGAUUUCAAUCUUCAACUUCGCCGCCGAGAGACUCAACGAAGCACGGGAAACGAAGGCCAAUUCGAGGAAGAUGACUCUACUGUGCAAUCUACGGGUCACGAAACUGGGGAGUCCAUCGUUACCCAUGAUGCUGAUGCCAACGAAGAAGAUUCUUCUGCUGAAGCUGCUGUUAAAGACGGACGUGGCUUCAACCCUGACGAACCUGGGGAGUCCUCGGAGCCUAAAAAGCGUUCGCCACGGAUCAUACCUCGCCCCGUCCCUGACUGGCUCUAUUCCCGUAUUGGAAACCAUAAGACGUUCAGUCAGACCCUUCAAGUGCUGCGUGAUCUUCGACAACAUCUCCAGCAACGUAUCGAGAAUGGUUAUGAAGCCCACUUCCCGGAUAUCGAAAUUUUACCCAAUCUUCGUCACCGGCCCCCUCCACUCCAUACGGCUGCGAGCAAAUCGCGGCGGGUCUCUUCUCGCGGUGUCGUUGCGAAAGUGGUAAAGAAGUGA